UUGUAUUUAGUUGGUACAGUGAUUUUAUCCACAUUUCAUAAGUAAGGUUAGAUCACAUUGUUUGGUAAAUGUGUUUAUCUUUUGGUUUUUAAAUGGAUGCAUACGAUAUUUUUAAAAAACUUUCAAGAGGUGCUAAAUUUUCUAGAGUACCAGUUAAAGUGGAAACUAAAACGAAUCAAGAAAGUAUUAAAGUAGAACCACAAAUUAAAAAGGAAGAAACAGAAAACAGCUCUCCAAUUACACUACUGAGUGGUUUAAGUACAGAGAAAAAAAGGAAAAAACGUAAAGUUUUACCAGAUGAACAUAAACAGAAGACUUUGGAACAAGAAAAGGUAAACCAUUAUAGGAACAUUAAUAAUAUUACUGUUGUUGGUCGUCAUGUUCCGGAACCUUAUAAAUCAUUUGAAGAAUUUGAAGUUGGUACUGAUAUCAUAAAAAAUUUGAAUAAAUGUGGAUUUGAAGAACCAACACCAAUUCAAAAACAAGCAGUACCACUUAUGUUGAAAGAAAGACAAAUUUUAGCUUGUGCUCCAACAGGAUCUGGUAAAACAGCAGCAUUUUUAGUUCCUAUAAUACAUUCAUUAAAAGGACCUGAACGGCAAGGCUUUAGAGCAUUAAUAUUAUGUCCAACAAGAGAAUUAGCGCAGCAAACUCAAAGGGAAUGCCACAGACUUGCAGAAGGGAGAGGAUUUCGAGUACAUGUUAUCAGUAAAAUUAAAAAAGCGUUGAUUCAAUACAAUCCCAAUGGAUCACAAAAAUUUGAUAUUUUGGUAACUACACCUAAUCGGCUUUGCUAUUUACUGAAACAAGAUCCUCCUGCAAUUUCUUUAAAAAAUAUUGAAUGGUUGGUUAUUGAUGAAGCUGAUAAACUAUUUGAAACAGGAGUUAGGAGUUUCAGAGAACAAUUAGAUGAAAUUUUGAAAGCGUGUGAUAAUCAAAACAGAAAAAUUGCCAUGUUCAGUGCUACUUAUACACCCGCCGUUGCCAAAUGGUGUGUUCAUAACAUGAAAGGAUUGGUUAGAGUUACAAUAGGUCACAGAAAUGCAGCAACAGAUUUAGUAGAUCAAGAACUUCUAUUUGUGGGUAACGAACAAGGAAAAUUGUUGGCUUUUAGAGAUUUAGUUAAGAAAGGAAUAUGCCCUCCGGUUUUAGUAUUCGUACAAAGUAAAGAAAGGGCGCAACAAUUAUUCAAUGAACUUAUUUAUGAUGGAAUAAAUGUUGACGCCAUACAUUCAGAUAGGACUCAGUUACAGAGAGACAAUACUGUUCGUAGUUUUCGAGAAGGUAGAAUAUGGGUAUUAAUAUGUACAGAACUAAUGGCACGUGGUGUGGAUUUCAAAGGUGUUAAUUUGGUUGUUAAUUACGAUUUUCCACCUUCCUCAAUUUCUUAUGUCCAUAGAAUAGGAAGAGCAGGACGUGCCGGGAGAAAAGGAAAAGCUAUCACAUUUUUUACUACAGAAGAUACAGUUAACUUGAGAAGUAUAGCACAUGUACUAAAAGAAUCCGGAUGCGAUGUUCCAUCUUAUAUGUUAACAAUGAAGAAAUUACCGAAAUCGAAAAGGAAACAACUCGAAGUUAGUGCUCCAGAAAGAGAUGAAAUUAUAACUAAACCCUUGUAUGAUAGAAUUAAGGGAGGAAAGAGGCAGAAGUUGAGGGAAAUGUAUAAGAGAAUAAAUGAAAAGAAGUCUAAAUUGAUGAAAGACAAAAAGAAGCCGAAGACGAAGCGAAAAACUUCAAGCAAACCUGAAGAUGAUUAAUAAAAUUACUUAAACAUUAUGUUACUUACAUAUAUAACUUAUGUAAUAAAUUUUUUUUCUUAAAAUAAGUU